GCCGAUGAACUGGCUGCUGGUCUCAGGGGGCUGGGUAUGCAACCUGGUGACAUGCUGGGCCUAUGUGGACCCAAUUCAGUUGAAUGGUAUCUCACGAACCUUGCAGCUGCCAGAGCAGGUCUAAUUCUUGUAAAUAUAAACCCUGCAUAUCAAGUAGUUGAACUUGAGUAUUGCCUAUCAAAAGUGGGUGUGAAGGCCUUGGUAGUGCCAGAGACAUUCAAAAGUCAAAAUUAUCACAAGAUGCUUCAAGCUAUUGCCCCAGAAUUGGCAUCAUGUCAACCAGGGAAGCUUCAGAACGACCGAAUACCUACCCUGAAAUCUAUUAUUACUAUCAGUGAUAAAGAAUUGCCGGGAAGUUUCAAAUUCAAAAAUUUGUUAAAAUCUAUCAACCCAGACGAUCUUUCAGAGGUACAUCAGUUACAAUACAAGAUUCAACCUGAUGCUGGAUGCAAUUUACAAUUUACCUCAGGCACAACUGGUCUGCCAAAAGGCACCCUUCUCAGUCAUCACAAUGUUGUAAAUAAUGCAUACUUCGCAGCAAAGCGCUUAGGCUUUCAUCAUAAGCAUCAUCGAAUUUGCUUGCAAGUUCCUUUAUUUCAUUGCUUUGGAAAUGUUUUGGGAAUUAUCAUGGCCUUACAUGCCGGAAGCACAUUAGUGCUACCUUCAUACUCAUUCCGUGCAGAAGACUCAGUCAAUGCUAUUGCAAAGGAAAGCUGCACUAUUAUUUAUGGAACACCAACAAUGUACAUUGAUAUUAUGGCCAAGUGUCAAGACUCACCUGCCUCAUUAUCUUCUCUGGAGUUUGCUAUUACAGCUGGAUCACCCUCGCCUCCCAAUUUGUUCUAUAAAAUCGCAAACACACUUGGAUUGAAGAAAUGUUAUUCGGUGUAUGGUAUGACUGAAACCAGUCCUUUAAGUUUUGUUCCUGAUUGUGAUGAUUCUUUGGAACAGUGCGCCAAAAGUGUUGGAAGAGUUAUGGAUCAUUGUGAGGUGAAGGUUGUUGACGUGGACAAUAAGAUGGUGCCAAUGGGGACACCUGGUGAAUUGCUUGUACGAGGCUAUGGCAAUAUGCUAUGUUACUACAAUGAUGUUGACAAAACACAAGAGAUAGUAGGACCAGAUCGUUGGCUGAGAACUGGGUAA